GAUCAUGAGGUACUCCACGCCUGGCUCCACGAUCUACGCUACGAAGAAUAUUACAGUAAUUUUCAACAGGCCGGAUACGAUAUGCCAACUAUAUCUAGGAUGACCCCAGAGGAUUUAACCGCUAUAGGAAUAACAAAACCAUCUCAUCGGAAACGUUUAAAAGCUGAAAUAGCCCGGCUGAAUAUAGGUGAUGGCAUCCCUGAUUUUAAACCCAAUGAUUUGAUGGAGUGGCUCCAUCUACUGGGAUUAGGACAAUAUUACGACACCCUUAUCCGUCAGGAGUAUGAUGAUAUCGAAUAUGUUACUGGAAUUACUUGGGAAGAUUUAGAAGAAAUAGGAAUUAAAAAAUUAGGUCACCAGAAGAAGAUAAUUCUAGCUAUUGAAAGAUUAAAAAGAAUA